UUGUAGACAAAACCUCACCUCUAUUUUCUCCUGGUCCGGCCUGUGUGAUGGAAACAUAUCACACCUGCUUCCUGUUUUUGUGAUUGCUGCUCAUUUAGGACUCAUUAGGAUUCACGAGGACGCGUCCACGUUCGAGAAGAAGCUUCAGCAGCAGCCUUGUUUGGCGUGAACGGCUUCGGACUAAAACGUUAUGGCUCAGUCUGAUUGCAGAGAAGAAGACGGCGGCUGUUUGAGAAGUAGCGUCGCCGCUGAUCCACAUUCUCGCUUGGGAAGCGCUCAUCUAAUGAAUCAUUUGACGUCACAAAUGCAAACCGUGGAGAUGGAGGUUUGUUCAGGUUUUCCCUCCGAGUACGCUGGAGGCCUUGAUCAGAGCACUGACUCCUUGAACCAGCUUGAUGAAUGCAGUCCCCUCCUAGACAUAUCUUCAGCUCUCCGGUCGGUGGCGCUAAAGAGCACGUGGGAUCUGACAAAGAUCCUCUCACCAGUGCCCAAACUGUUCUCUUCACUCCGGGAAGAAAACUCGAAUUUGUCAGAUGAUGAAGGUCAUAAAGGGGAAGCAGAUUCGGCUGAGGAGGAAAUGCUGAGUGUGUCGUUUAACUUCCAGUCAAAGUACAUUCAUAUUUUCCCACUGUAUCAAGACUACUGUCUGCAGGCUGUGAAAGACGAUCUCCUCAGACUCAAAGAGAGUUUUGUGUCUGAACUGAUAACUCCCCACAAUCUGCACAGCCUACAGUCCCACCUUAACGCCUCUGGCCUUUUUGAGACCACGUCCCCCCCGUUCAGCCUUCCUGAAGCAGACCUACCCUCCCCUCCACCCCAGCCCAUCAGGGUGACUCCCUGUACUCUCUGGCAAGACCUGGAUGAGGUGAAGGAGUCUGGCAUCCUCAGCAGCCUGACGACCAGAGAGAUUCGUCUUCAGGAGACCAUGUUUGAGCUGAUCGGCUCUGAAGCGUCCUACCUAAGGAGCCUCGGCGUGGCUGUCAAUCAUUUCUACGCAUCGAAGGCGCUGAGGCGGACUCUGCCUCAAAUGGAGCAUCACAUUUUGUUUUCCAACAUCCGCCACGUGAUGGCAGCCAGCGAGAGGUUUCUUAUGGAUCUGGAGGUUCGUCUGGGAGAGAGUGUGUUCAUAUCUCAGGUUGGCGACGUCGUGCUGCAGCACUGCCCAGAUUUCCACAGCCUCUAUGUGCCGUAUGUGACUAAUAUGAUGUACCAGGAGGCGCUGGUCAACCAGCAGAUGCAGCAGAACAGAGACUUCCUCUGUUCACUGAAGAAGCUUGAGAGUGACCCCAUGUGUCAAAGGCAGACCCUCAAGUCCUUCCUCGUCCUUCCCUUCCAGAGGAUUACUCGUAUUAAACUCCUACUGGAGAGCAUCCUGAAACUGACUGAGCCAGACUCUGAGUCGGUAUCAAAUCUCAACAAAGCAAUAGAAGCCGUUCACGAGAUAGUGACAGAUUGUAACAAGGGGGUCCAAAAAAUGAAACAAAUUGAGGAGCUGGUUUGCUUGGAAAUGCUGCUGGAUUUUACCAAAGUUAAGUCAGUUCCUGUGGUCGUCAGCGGGCGCUUUCUGGUGCACCAGGGUCCCAUGAAACAGCUGACUGUGCAGUCCACUCACAACUCAAGAAUGUCAUUCAUCAGCGUCUACUUCCACCUCUUCAAUGACCUUUUGAUCAUCUCCUCGAAAAAGGAUCAGCGGUUCAUCGUGCUGGAUCACGCUGAAUUCCCCGCACAUGUGACCGUUGAGCACCUGAAGACUGAAAUCCUGGGUUUACCACCAGACUCCUUUCUGCUACAUCUGUCUGAAAGCCAAACGGGGCACUCGACGGCCAUGAUACUUGUGGCACACACAAGGUCGGAUAAAGACGCAUGGGUGAAGGUGCUGUCGUCUAAACAGUGAAGGUGCGAGGGGGGAAGAGGAGGCUGACCUACCUGUGGUCUCAUGGUGCAUGUUGGGAAUAUUUAGACCGGCCAGACGCGCAGUGAGAGCGGUUUUCCCGACUCCACUUUUGCCAGAGACGAAAAUCUUGUAAUGAACUGUGUCCACAGCCGCAUGUGGCGGCAUCACCGGAGACUCUAAGAGGCCUGGAAAACAAGUUCAACAGGCAGCUUUAAAAUAUGCUGCUUGUUUUAUUCCUAUGGUCGGUUUGCUGAUAGGUGCUGCUGUUGUACUGCAGAACAUCAAUUUUUUUUUCACAAAUAUAAACUAGUGCAUCAGUAAGCUCUACUUUAGCUUCAAAAAGAUGUCUGGACAAAGACCACAAUGUCAUGUUUUAGGUUUUAAUUGUGAAUACAGCAUUGGUUUGUGUUAGAGAUGACAGCAUGUUAGUCAUGAAAGUCCUGAGUUAUUGUUUAAUAUGUUCAUUCUGUAUCAUUCUAUGAAAUCUAUAUACAGUGUUGAAGAAUUAUUGAAAUUGUGUAAUUUUGUAUGUAUUUCCCAAAUAAAACUUUUAAGUUAUUUAAAACAGCAGUUAAAUUCACAUUUUU